GGGAGAGAGUUCAGAGAAAGCUUCUACUCUGCUGCCCACAUUUUAAUUGUGGAAAUUUCCAAAAAGUUUUAGGGGCGGAGUCACUGACGGCUUUAAAUACGAGAAAACACCGCACAGUACUCCAGAACAAGCACCGUGCUUAAGAAAGGAAGUAAUCGCGUGUACUAAAUAAAUUAGAAUUACAGUUACAAUGUGUUACGGGUGUAAUCGCAAGACAGUUAUGUCAACGGCAACAGUGUCUUCUGCUGCCUCGGGUCGGUGUUACCCCGGGCCAGGGAUCCCCGAAGUGUUUACCUUCGAUCCCAUACCCGAGCCCCAAACUCGCCAUCAUGUCUCUCGAUUAGGGAGAAACGGAAGGGCGAUAAAAGUGCUGUACCCAGCAAUGACAAAAAAACGACUUCCAGUUGUCGAGGGCCGCAGUACCGUUCAGAAGUUGCUUUUCCUGUUGCUGGUAGUCAUCUGCAUCCAGAUUUACUGCGCCGAGGAGUCCGUGUCUGCAGUCGCUGAGACCAGCCAAGUUGAGGAGGCGAGGACUCAAUCUAAACUUGCCUGCGAGGAAGAGCUGCUAAUCGGGGAGACAAUACUGGAAACUCCGGCUGAAAACGAUGUUCUAAGAGAAUUUGCUGCGAAAACCGAGAGAAGAAGCGAGAUUCUGCUGCUUGUCAGCGUCUCGCAGUACAUCAGUGAGAUGAAAUGCAACCAGUAGACUUCCAGUAAAUAGGGGUGCGAGAUGAACUCGCUCCGGUCUGCAGUGUGCCAUGCAUGUUUGGACGAGGCAAAGGUCUCCCAAGUACUUUAAUUUGAGUCCGAGAUUUCUAGCCAGUUUUGGUGAUUGGUAGAAGUAUUCUUCUGUGAAACAAGGAAGAGACAGAGUUAUGAAGGACACAAAGUUUAACUGUGCUUAAAUUUAAGCAAACGCGUGUUUAAAGACACGUGGUUAUUUAUUUUAAAUCGUGGUUAUUUAUUUAAAAAUAUUUAUUUGUUUAUGUAUGUAUUUAUUUAUAUUUGUAAAUUCACUGAAGUUUGACAUCUCCUGAUUUUGUUUCAUUUCAAUAACAAUGUUAACAAUCCAUUCUUUAUUGUGCAUAGCAGUUUAUUUUGUAUUUUAAAUGGUAAAGAUAAACAGCUGUGAAUUGUGUUAAGGCACUGUCGAUUGAUACUUGAACAUUUAUUUUAGCAUUUUUUGGGGGGGUGUCUGAACUUUGAAGGGAUUCAGAGCAGUGGUUAUUUGUAUUUAUGUAUUUAUAACUAUUAUAUUUAUGUGCUUAGAACUUCAGUUUGUUUAGGGUGUACAAUGUAAUUGCAAACUGUGCAUGUCACAUGCAUGUUAAUUAUACUUGCUGUGUUAUAGUAGUUUCAGGCUUACUGUGUAAGCUACUGUUUCUGUUAGAGACACGGUCUGGUUAUCAGCUCGUUACUGGGCACAAUCCUAUUCCUUUUAAUGUUUUCAGGGUCUGGAAACAUAGCCUUCUGUAUGUUCUAUGAACUGCUAAAUAAAACAAAGAUAAUUGAAUAUA